GAUACAAAGGAUAAAGUUUAAAUGUUAAUGAAUAUUUAAAGGUUAUCUACUAUCUACCUGCUCUCUAUUGCAUGUAUAGUGUACAUGCCUAAAAAUUCCUGAAUAGCACAAAAAUAACCAAAUCACUAAAUGUUGAAUUAGUAUCCAUUCUCCCUGAUGAGCCAGAAGGGGUGGAGUUUCCACAAAGUGAGUACAAAUGUGGAUGUGUUGUUCCUGUAUUUCAAAAUAGAAGAGUCUCCUACACCUUUCUAAGAAGCUCACUUUGGAACUGCAGUUUUAAACAAAGAUGACAACAUAUUCAGAGAGAGGAAUACCUGUAAGCUCGGUAAGUCCACAGUAUCUGCACACAAACUCUACUAGCCACACCUGGCCCUUCAGUGCAGUAGCAGAAUUGAUUGACAAUGCUUAUGACCCAGGUAUCAAUGCAAAACAGCUCUGGAUUACAAAAAGUGUGUUUAAAAACCAGGACUGCCUCCUCUUUUUGGAUAAUGGAAAUGGCAUGGACUAUGAGAAUAUGCACAAAAUGCUCAGUUUUGGCUUCAGCGAUAAGCAGCAGUUAAAAAAACAUGUUCCAGUUGGUCUUUACGGUAACGGUUUUAAGUCCGGCUCCAUGCGCUUGGGAAAGGAUGCCAUUGUUUUCUCAAAGAAAGCUGACACCAUGUGUGUGGGUCUGCUGUCACAGACUUACCUUGAGAGGACAGGAGCACAGAAUGUCCUUGUUCCUAUUGUCUCGUUCACAUACACUGGACAGACAGUCAGUGCUGCACCAGAGCAUGCAGAGAGUCUUCGAGAUAUCCUGGAGCAUUCUUUGUUUAACACUGAGGAAAAACUGUUUUCUCAGUUCAAAGUUAUUGAAAGUCAUGCUAAACUAAGUGGAACCUGCAUCAUAAUCUGGAACCUACGCAGAAAAUCUUCAGGAGAAUUAGAAUUUGAUUUCUUGAAGGACCCCAAAGACAUCCGGAUCCUCGAUGAUGUGUACAAUAAAUUCAGGGAGUCAAACAAACGUCAGGCUCAGGAGAGCAUGUCAGUGCCUGAGAGUGUUUAUUCACUACGGGCUUACUGUAGUAUCCUGUACCUGAUUCCAAGAAUGGAGAUUAUCCUUCAAGGGCAUAAGGUGGAAGCUCAGUCUAUCACAACAACUCUAGCAAAGGCUCAUACGGACACAUACAAACCUGAAUGUCUUAAAAAGGCAAUAACAAUCACAUUUGGCUACAACAAAAAGAGCAUGGAGAACUACGGAUUGAUGAUGUACAACAAAAACCGUCUCAUUAAAGCCUACGUGCGUGUCCCCUGCCAGCGGAAGGGCAACCACACAGGACAAGGUGUUAUCGGGGUUAUAGAGUGUAAUCACCUCGUACCAACUCACAAUAAGCAGGACUUUGAUGAUACUCAAGAGUACAGGAACACCAUGAAGAAUCUAAAUAUUAAGCUUGAGCAAUAUUGGAGGAACUUCACUUAUAGUCAUCAAGCCUUUAUGCCUGUUGAUAAUACUGAAAGUUGCACAGAUGCAGCUCAGGCAACUUGCCCCAGGCUCUUGCCUGAGGUUUCUGAUGAGGAACAACUUGGAUACCUCAAAACACACAAAGGGCAAAAGAAGAGAACCCUGGUCCAGUGUCAAGAUAAAACAGAGAAGAAGAAAUCCAAGCAACUCGAUUUUGACAACAACAUGCCAGGGACAUCAACAUCCACAGCCUCACAUGCCAUGUUUAGUGAAAGUGAAAGUGAAAGCAGUGAUAGCAGUGAAAAGAUAGUAGGAAUAAAAAACAUUAAAACACAAGCCAGCUCUGAACACCAACAGCUUCUUCAGGCCAAGCAGGAGAUAAAGCAGCUCCAAGAGAGGGUGAACGGUCUAGAAGAUGAGAAGUCCGCUUUGGCAAGCUGCUGUGAGAGCCUGCAGAAUGACCGCCUCAGGUUAAGAGAACUCAGACAAAGUGUGGCAUGUCUCCUGGUCAGCUUUGUCCCUGAAGUAAAUCUUCAGCAGUUGGACUACGAUUGUGAAGCUGUUGAUGAAAUUCUUACUCAAGUUAUAAAUAAGAUCUCCCCAACAGAGCCAGCCUCUACAUAAAAACCCAUAUGAGGAUGGGUUCCCCUUUGAGUCUGGUAUAUCAAAAGGUUUCUUCCUUCCAUUCUAGGGAGUUUUUCCUUGCUACUGCUGACUGAGUCACCUCAGACUUGCUCAUUGGGGAUAAAC